AUGGGGAAGGGAGGUCCCUCUCAAACAACAACACUAACGCCCAUGGCCGAUCAAGACGAGCCGCCCCCGCCGUACGGCGACCAUUUCGACCAGAUCCAGCUCUCUCAGGCUGGCUUUGAGGCCGGCGCUGCUGUUACGGACGAUGGCCGUGUUAAUAUCAACAUCAACCAAAAGAACCGCCGCCUGUCGGAGCUGCUUGCGCCCGCCCUGCGGAAACAGGUGCUGGACUUGCAGACGGCACCGUCGCUCCCGUCGGGGCCUCUACCGCCUCCGUAUAUACCCGCCAGUCUCGGCGGGGAGCCAGGCCAAGUGCCCCCGCCUCCCCUUAAUGUUGUCAUCCAGAUCGUUGGCUCCCGCGGCGACGUACAGCCGUUCGUGGCACUAGGCCAGGUCCUGCGCGACACAUAUGGCCACCGCGUCCGCCUGGCCACGCACCCGACCUUCCAGAAGUUUGUCGAGGAGAACGGGCUCGAGUUCUUCAGCAUCGGCGGAGACCCGGCCGAGCUCAUGGCCUUCAUGGUCAAGAACCCCGGCCUGAUGCCGGGGAUUGAUGCCUUCAAGGGUGGUGAGAUCAAGAAGCGCCGCGAAGGCAUUGAGCAGAUCCUCAUGGGCUGCUGGCGCUCCUGUAUCGAAGCUGGCAACGGCUUGGGACCCCCGCCGCCACAGCAUCGCUCGAACGAGCCCGUCGACGACCGCUACAUCCUGCCGGGAAACCCGUGCGAUAAGCCCUUUGUGGCAGACGCUAUCAUAGCUAACCCUCCGAGCUUCGCCCAUAUUCACGUCGCUGAGAAGCUGGGUAUUCCUUUGCAUAUGACCUUUACGAUGCCUUGGUCACCUACAAGAUCGUUUCCACACCCCCUCGCUAACAUCGAAUCUACGAAUACGGACACUAUUAUGGCUAACUACCUCUCUUACACCCUCGUAGAUAUGAUGACUUGGCAAGGCCUCGGGGACGUGAUAAAUCGCUUCAGAUCUCGCGUUCUCGGCCUCGACCCCCUGUCGAUGAUCUGGGCGCCGGGACUGCUGAAUCGGUUGCGGGUACCAACGACGUACUGCUGGUCUCCUGCUCUGAUACCGAAGCCGGCGGACUGGGCCUCAGAGAUUACCAUUUCAGGCUUUUACUUUCUCAACCUAGCAUCCUCAUACAUACCAGAGCCAGAUCUCGCCAUGUUUCUCGCGGCAGGGCCGCCUCCUGUCUACAUCGGAUUUGGGUCAAUCGUCGUAGACGACCCCAAUACUCUCACCCGGACCAUAUUUGGCGCCGUUGCUAAGACGGGCGUAAGAGCGUUGGUGUCCAAGGGCUGGGGCGGGCUAGGUACCGAUGCAGUCGGCAUGCCCGAAGGCGUGUUCAUGCUUGGUAACUGUCCUCACGAUUGGCUCUUUCAGCAUGUCUCGGCUGUUGUUCACCACGGUGGUGCUGGAACAAGCGCUGCAGGAAUUAAGAUGGGAAAGCCCACGGUUGUGGUGCCCUUCUUUGGAGACCAGCCGUUUUGGGGCUCCAUGAUAGCAAAGGCCGGUGCUGGUCCAGACCCUAUUCCAUACAAGAAACUGACGGCUGAGAACCUGGCCGCCGCCAUCUCGGAGGCUUUAAAACCAGAGACACAAGCGCUAGCUCGCGAGCUGGGCGCCAAAAUCUGCGAGGAAAAGGGCGCCGACGUAGGUGGCAAGAGCUUCCACGAGUUUCUGGACACAGAUAACUUGAGGUGCACCCUGGCUCCCAGCCGCGCCGCCGCUUGGCGGGUGAGGAGAACGCAGCUCAAGCUAAGCACAUUAGCGGGCGAGGUGCUAGUAAAGAAGGGAUAUCUGAAAUACUCAGACCUAAAGCUGUACCGCUCCAAGGAACACAACACGGAAGACCAACCUUGGGAUCCCAUCUCAGCUGUCACAUCGGCUCUAGUGGGUGACCUCGGUUCGUUAACCAUGGCUGUGACGGAUUUCCCCCGCGAGAUAUUCAAAGGCUCUGACGGGAAAAAGGACAAGGCCAAGGCAGGCGCUCUAGAAGUCGUUACGCCUCUUGGUAAAGCGGGUGAGGGAGUGGCACUAACCGGAGAUGAGCUGUCGGUGACAGCCCCUGGAGCAAAAAAAGGGCAAUCCUCACUUUCCUCAGAAGAUCUGUCUCGUUCAUCGACGGCCGCUAGUCAGACGUCGACAUCAUCUAACAACCCUUUCAGAAACGCGGCUCGAAGUUCGUCCGGUAACCAAAAUAAUCGCCCCGGCCCCCAAUCUACCCCAAGCCCAUCUGCAAAACCUUUCAAUAUGGACAGCGCCAUUGAUGCAGGAAAAGGCGUCGGCCGCAUAGUCGACACGAGCAUGAAGAUGCCAAUGAAUCUAUGCAUGGGCCUGGCUCGUGGCUUUCGCAACGCGCCCCGGUUAUACGGCGAUGAGACGAUCCGCCCGACAGAAAAAGUCACAGACUUUGCGAGCGGGCUCAAGGUUGCUGGCAAAGAAUUCGGGCUCGGCUUCUUCGAUGGCGUGUCUGGGCUUGUGACCCAGCCGCUCAAGGGUGCAGAGAAAGACGGCGCUAGGGGCUUCCUCAAGGGCUUUGGAAAGGGUAUCGGUGGAUUGGUAUUCAAGCCCGCGGCAGCCGUCUGGUCAAUCCCCGCCUACACCAUGCAGGGCGUCCACGCCGAGGUCCGCAGCAUGUUCAUCAAGAGUAAUGCCAACUACAUUAUCACUUCCCGCGUGCUGCAGGGUAAGGACAGCCUCGUGGCCUCCACUGCUGAGGAACAGAGAGACAUAAUCCUUCGGUGGCAGACACACAAGGACGACCUUCAUGGCCUUGAGCAGCUCAAGCAAAAAGAAAACGCAGCCGCCAAGCAGCGGCAGGAAGGUGGCGCAAGCAGCACCAUAAACCCUCCCCGUCUUUCGUCAUUUGAUGGUUGGAAGAAGCUACAAGCCCAUAAAGACUCUUUUAAGAGGUUUCAGGGCGGGACAGAAGCGUCAGUGACGGACCAGCCGUUUGGUCCCACAACGGCCGCGGCAGCCAACGCUACUGGAAAUACCAGCCACACUCCUGAAGAAGACGAAGAGUUUGAGCACGCCAUCCGUGCCUCGGUGCAGCAGACGUCCUGCGGAGACCAGGACGAAGAUGCGCAGAUUGAGGCUGCCAUCCGCGCCAGUGUCAAUGAAAUGCGUCACAUGGCAGAGCAAACGAGCACUCCAGGCGAGGGGAUAUUCCCUUCUGAGAAGGGGGCUCUGCCAGCAUAUGAUCAAGAACUGGCAGUCGAUGGUAUUUCGGACGAGGAAUAUCAGGCCCUAGUGGAAGAAGCGGUGCGCCAGAGCCUCUUGCAGCAACAGCAGCAUGGCCGCCAUACAGAGUCUUUCAGUGAAGGGAACGGAAAGGGGGUAGAAGGACAUGGAGAUGGAGAGGAUAUAGAGUUGCGAAAGGCCAUGGAUGCGUCAAAACUGGCAUCGCCUGCACAAAUCUCUACCCCCUCUAUUAGAGGUAGCCACGAGAACAGCGGCGACGACGAAACCGAGCAAUUGCGCCGUGCCCUAGAAGAGUCAGAAAAGGAGCACGCGCUGCGCGCUCGCCAGCUAGACGAAGAGCGGACCGUGCUCGACUACGUGAAGCGGCAAAGUCUUGCGGAAGAAGAGUACAAGCUGAAGUCGAGAGAUAAGGACCACGGAAAGGGUAAGGGCGUUGACGCUGUCCAGGAAGUGGAGAGCGGAGAAGACGACGAUGAAGAUUUCAAGCGCGCACUCGAGGAGAGUCUACGGGUGAGCGGGAGAUCGGGAGGCACAGCUGGGGAGGAAGAAGGACAGUCGUCAUUUAAGUAG